UCUCUCUGUUCGCCCUCAUUCCCGAGGCUCGCUCCGGUAGCCGGUACCUCCUGCUCAGUCCCGAGGAAGCCAUGGCCAAGUCCAGGGGUCGUCUAUACCUUUGGAUGUGCUUGGCUGCAGCGCUGGCAUCUUUCCUCGGUGGAUUUAUGGUGGGCUGGCUUAGUAAGCCUCUCAAAGAAACAGCCACUUCAGGGGACACUCACCAAAAUCUAAGGUGGAAACUGGUGUCAGAGAUGAAAGCUGAAAAUAUUAAAUCAUUUCUUCGUUCUUUUACAGAGCUACCUCAUCUGGCAGGAACAGAACAAAAUUUGCUGCUGGCCAAGAAAAUCCAAACCCAGUGGAAGGAAUCUGGACUGGAUUCAGCCAAGUUGGUUCACUAUGAUGUUCUCCUGUCUUACCCUAAUGAGACAAAUGCCAGCUACAUAUCAAUCACGGAUGAACAUGGAAAUGAGAUUUUCAAUACAUCAUACCAUGAGCCACCACCAGAUGCAUAUGAGAAUGUUAAAAAUAUUGUACCACCCUAUAAUGCCUUUUCACCGCAGGGCACACCAGAGGGGGAGCUUGUAUAUGUGAACUAUGCUCGUACUGAAGACUUUUUCAAACUAGAAAGAGAGAUGAAUAUCAACUGCACUGGAAAAAUUGUUAUUGCAAGAUAUGGGAAAAUCUUCAGAGGAAAUAAAGUUAAAAAUGCCAUGUUAGCAAGAGCCAAAGGAAUCAUCUUGUACUCAGAUCCAGCUGACUACUCUGCCCCUGGGGUACAGCCAUACCCAAAAGGAUGGAACCUUCCUGGAACUGCAGCCCAGAGAGGGAAUGUGUUAAACUUGAAUGGUGCUGGUGACCCGCUCACUCCAGGCUAUCCAGCUAAAGAGUACACCUUCAGACUUGAUGUUGAAGAAGGAGUGGGAAUCCCUCAAAUCCCUGUACAUCCCAUUGGAUAUAAUGAUGCAGAAAUAUUAUUACGCUAUUUGGGAGGAACUGCUCCACCAGAUGAGCGCUGGAAGGGAAGUCUUAAGGUGAAUUAUAAUAUCGGGCCUGGCUUCAUAGGGCAUGAUUCUUUCAGGAAGGUUAGAAUGCAUGUUCAUAACAUCAAUAAAAUCACAAGGAUUUACAAUGUAAUCGGAACUAUCAGAGGAUCUGUGGAACCUGACAGGUAUGUUAUUCUGGGAGGUCAUCGGGACUCCUGGGUAUUUGGAGGUAUUGACCCAAGCAGUGGGGCUUCUGUUUUGCAAGAAGUUGUUCAGAGUUUUGGCAAACUGAUGAGUAGAGGCUGGAGACCAAGAAGAACUAUUAUUUUUGCCAGCUGGGAUGCAGAAGAAUUUGGACUUCUGGGUUCCACAGAAUGGGCUGAGGAGAAUGUAAAAUCACUUCAGGAGAGAAGUGUUGCUUAUAUCAACUCAGAUUCAUCUAUAGAAGGCAAUUAUACUCUCAGAGUUGACUGUACACCCCUUCUUUACCAAUUGGUGUAUAAACUGACAAAAGAGAUCUCCAGCCCGGAUGAUGGUUUUGAGAGUAAAUCUCUUUAUGAAAGCUGGUUAGAAAAGGACCCUUCAUCUGAAAAUAAAACUUUGCCUAGAAUCAACAAGCUGGGAUCUGGAAGUGAUUUUGAAGCUUAUUUUCAGAGACUUGGAAUUGCUUCAGGAAGAGUCCGGUACACUAAGAAUAGGAAAACAGAUAAUUACAGCAGCUAUCCAAUGUACCAUACAAUUUAUGAGACAUUUGAACUGGUAGAGAAUUUUUAUGACCCCACAUUUAAAAAACAGCUUGCUGUAGCUCAAUUACGAGGAGCACUGGUUUAUGAGCUUGCAGACUCUAAAAUCAUUCCUUUCAACAUUCAAGACUAUGCAAAAACUUUGGAAAACUAUGCAACAGGUAUCUACAGUUUAUCCAAGAAAUAUGACCAACAAUUAAGAGACCAUCAAGUAUCAUUUGAUUCCUUAUUUUCUGCUGUGAAAAACUUCUCAAAGUCUGCUUCAGAUUUUCAUAGAAGACUUUCACAAGUUGAUCUGAAUAACCCCACUGCAGUGAGAAUUAUGAAUGACCAACUGAUGUUCCUGGAAAGGGCAUUCGUCGAUCCCCUUGGUUUACCAGGGAGGCCAUUCUAUAGGCACAUCAUCUUUGCUCCAAGCAGCCACAACAAAUAUGCUGGUGAAUCAUUUCCUGGCAUCUCUGAUUCUAUAUUUGAUAUUGAAAAUAAAGCAGAUCCUCAUUCAGCCUGGAAAGAAGUAAAGAAACACAUUUCAAUUGCAGCCUUUACAAUUCAAGCAGCAGCAGGGACUCUGAAAGAGUUGUUAUAGUAAGGUCUCAGCCAACUAGCUGCCAUUAAAAGUCUGAGGAUAAAAUCCGUCUUUCUUUCUGAUAACACGUGAAGCCAGAGCAUGCUAAAAUCUUGCUUUUCAUGUCAU